CUUGUCAGGGUCACGAACACGUUCGUCUCACACACACCAUGGACUGCCUCUCUUCUUUCUGGCAGCACCUGGGCCCUGCCGCGGCGUCGGCGAUCCGCCUCGAUGGCGAUUACUACGGCGAUGCCACCCUCGAUAUUCUCUGCCUCGGCUCCGGUUGGACCUACACGUUUCUUGGACCGGCCGCGAUGGACAAGAGCCUGCGCAUCGCCAGCACGACGCGCGACGGCCGCGGCGGCACGAUUCCCUUUACCUUUGACCCCACCUCUGACGACACGGCGGCCUUUGAGGGGCUGCCCGAUGCCAGCCUCGUCGUCGUCAUUUUCCCCCUGUACGAGACGGCCGCGGUCAGGCGGCUCGUGCGCGGCUACCUCGAUACGCGAAGGCAGACGGAGGAGGAAGGGGAGAAGCCGCGCAAGCAGGCGGCCUUUCUCCAGCUUGGGAGCACGGGCGUCUGGGACCACGGUCCGACGCUGCAGCUCGCCCCGCUGUCGCAAGACGAGGAAGAAGAGGAGACGCGAGGAAAAAAGAGGAGAAACGGCGGCGGCGGCGGCGGCGGGGACUCGCCCUGGAAGGACCGGCACUCGCGCAUCGACGCGACGAUUCCGCGUGGCGCCGCCGAGGACUACCUGCUCAGCCUCAAUGACAGUAAAAGUGCCAGGCCCGUGUCGACGUCUGUGCUCAACCUCUCGGGCCUCUGGGGCCAUGGCCGCUCGCCGCGGCGCUUCAUCGGCCGCAUCGCGCCCGACAAGGAGACGCUCAGCCGCCUCGGCUCGGUCCACUUUGUCCAUGGCCACGACGUCGCGCGCGCCAUACUCGAGAUGGCACGGCAGUGGGACAAGGCCGAGGGCCAGCGGUGGCUGCUGACAAACGAGCGCGUCUAUGAUCUCUGGGACUUGGCCAGCCGAUGGGGCGACAGUGGCGAGGCGGGCCGAAACCACCCGCCCACCGGACCCCAGCGGACCUGGGUCAACCAGCUCGUCGCCGAGUCUCGCUCGGGAUCGUCGUCGUCACCGUUGUCGUCGAGCAGCGCCAUUCGGGCCAUCCCACGCACCGUCGAGCAGAUGGGCACGGCGCUCGAUGGCACCGACUUCUGGAUCACCUUUGGCAUCACCCCAGACGUGCCCUGGGUCGACUAGUCCUCUUCUCCUUUGCGCGCCUCUUCUUUUUUUUGUUUUCGCUGUCCAAGUUCAUGCUAAUAGAUCCACAACAAUAGUAAGGAUGGCCU